AUGUUAACUCAUGCAAUGGGAACUCGAGCAACAGAAACUCAAGCAACAGAAACUCAGGCAAUGUUAACUCAAGCAAUGUUAACUCAAGCAAUGGGAACUCGAGCAACAGAAACUCAAGCAACAGAAGCUCAAGUAACGGGAAUUCAAGCAAUGGGAACUCAAUCAACAGGGACUCAAGCAACAGAAACUCGAGCAAUGGGAACUCAAGCAACCGGAACUCAAACAGCAGAAGCUCAAGUAACGGGAAUUCAAGCAAUGGGAACUCAAUCAAUACGUACUCAAGCAACAGAAACUCGAGCAAUGGGAACUCAAGCAACAGGAACUCAAGCAGCAGAAGCUCAAGUAACGGGAAUUCAAGCAAUGGGAACUCAAUCAACAGAUACUCAAGCAACAGAAACUCGAGCAAUGGGAACUCAAGCAACAGGAACUCAAGCAGGAGAAGCUCAAGUAACGGGAAUUCAAGCAAUGGGAACUCAAUCAACAGGGACUCAAGCAACAGAAACUCGAGCAAUGGGAACUCAAGCAACAGGAACUCAAGCAGCAGAAGCUCAAGUAACGGGAAUUCAAGCAAUGGGAACUCAAUCAACAGGGACUCAAGCAACAGAAACUCGAGCAAUGGGAACUCAAGCAACAGGAACUCAAGCAGCAGAAGCUCAAGUAACGGGAAUUCAAGCAAUGGGAACUCAAUCAACAGGGACUCAAGCAACAGAAACUCGAGCAAUGGGAACUCAAGCAACAGGAACUCAAGCAGCAGAAGCUCAAGUAACGGGAAUUCAAGCAGUGGGAACUCAAUCAACAGGGACUCAAGCAACAGAAACUCGAGCAAUGGGAACUCAAGCAACAGACACUCAAGCAACAGAAACUCAGGCAAUGUUAACUCAAGCAAUGUUAACUCAAGCAAUGGGAACUCGAGCAACAGAAACUCAAGCAACAGAAACUCAUACAACAGAAACUCAGCCAACAGAAACUUAA